GCAACCUGAGCGGAGCUCCGUCCCUCCCUCCGUCAUCCCUCCAUCCGCGCCCCCAGAGGAGGAGAGGAUGAUCCGGCGGACCGGCCUCUGAUUCCCUCCCGCUCUCAUGGUUCUCCUCCGGGCUGCAGGCAGAGGAUGCGGCUGCUCGCUUUCGCCACUUUCCUGGGACUCUUCCUGGACGCAGGUGACGGCCUCCAGAUCCAGUGCUACCAGUGUGAGGGCGUCAACUACGACUGCUCCACGCCUGAGUUCGUCGUCAACUGCACGGUCAACGUCCAGGACAUGUGCCAGAAGGAGGUGCUGGUCAAAUCCGACGGGACCCACUACAGGAAGUCGUGCGCGUCGUCGUCGGCCUGCCUCAUCACCUCCUCCGGCUACCAGCAGUUCUGCACCGGCCGGCUCAACUCGGUCUGCAUCAGCUGCUGCAGCACACCGCUCUGCAACGGCGUCAAGAAGAAGCGGCCCGUCCUGUCGGCUGCCGCCCCCAUCCGGCAGGCCCUGCUCUUUCUCGUGCCGGCCAUGCUGCUCCACCUGACGUAGGCGGACCUCAAACCUGUUCACUGUAACAUCUCCCCCGCGUGGCGCUACGCGGGGGAGACGGGACUCUUUUUCUGGUUUGUUGCUCACAAGAGCAAAAAAAAAAAAGGAGCCUUAUGUAUCCCCUCGGUUGUUUUGUGUUAAUAGAAAUCAUUGGAUCAGCUCCUGUGAAGCACGGUAGUGACGGGGUGAUGCCGGGGGCCUGUUGGAUCCACAAUCAUGUUAGUGCUACCAGCUUUUGUAUCAGAUAGCUAAAGAAAAAGCAGCUAAAAGCUUCCAUUCCUAAAAAGCCCACUUGGUGUUAAUGCUUCAGAAGGUAAGAAGAAAAGCACGGCGGUGGCAGGGUGGUCAUACGGGCUUGUUUUAUACACCUGAGUAUGUUCGUCCAGGGUGGAACGACGUUAGCUUGUGAUUUUUUUCAGACCUAAACACUGACGUUCUGUUCAGGUGGGUCCCAGGGUCUGACCGGUGAACGGGUCUGGAUUCUGGUUUCCACUUCCCAGUUGCCGGUGUCGCUUUCUGUGAAGUGGAGCGUAAUCGGCAGAGCGUUGGAUCAUGUCAGGCUUUCAUUUUAUGCUCUCAUGGUUUGAAACGGCCGGUGGAGUUGACUUUGUGUUGAUAUAGUGGUCGUUAUUUCUCAGAAUUACACUUUAUUUAUAUUUCCUUAUAUAUAUAUAUUGAUCCACUGCCAGGCGGUAUUUUAUCCUUCUUUCAUUGCAGGAAGUAUAAAGGAACCAAAAUGCAUCUGUUUAAGUUGCAGUCUACUAAUUUACCAUCACAUAAUAGAGCUAAUUCUUUCAAAUAAUAAAAAAAAUACAAUUUGUGGGACAUUUUACAUGUCUAAGACAUAAAUUGUCAUUUUUAUUAUUUCAACAACAAAGACGCUUCACAGCUUCAAAUCAAACCUGCAUGCUCUCUGGACUCAUUACUCUAUAAAAUUGUCAAAUUCAAGAGGAAGGCAUUUUUAAAACAAAUAAGCACUUUCAGUCGUUGCCAUUAUUUCCCCGACGCCUUACAUUUCCGCCUCCGACAACAAAGUGUCAUACAUUUGAUUUAUUUGUUUGAGGUGGAUUCGACAGUCUGUUUUUACAGUGCUUUGGUGACAGUGGUGGAGGGACGUCCAUGGCUUCUUCUAAAGAGUCUUCUGUGAAGAGUAACACUGUAUUCUGCUGAUAUGUGGUUCCAAUAAAUGUUCCAGAAAAAUCAGC